AUGAGUACUAUUGACGAAAAUAGCAACAAUAAUGGGAAUGGUCUUCCUAACAAUCUUGUUGGUGGUAUGGUUCAAACACCGGGGUCCAAGGAGAUAACCUAUGAUUCGUUAUCUAAUGGAUCUACUGGAGGGGGAAGUUCUCAUGGUAACGAUAAUAGAGUGCCAAGUAAUAAUCAAGGCUCUGGUAACGCCUUAGAGGUACCUCGUAGGUGGGUGGCCGCCACUGGUUCUGAUGCUAAUAAUUUUUCUACAACGAUCGAUAAGACACAGACUACCAUUAUUCAGGGGAUCGAAUUGGAUGAUGCUAGAGUUCAAAAACCAACCAGAAGUGAAGGUGGCUCUAGCAAGAGAAAUACCUUUGCCUGUGUUAGUUGUCAUUCUUCUAAAGUUAAAUGUAUCCCAUCACAAUUGGAUGAUAUAUACAGAAAGCCAUGUCAACGAUGCUUGAAAAACGGUAAAGUUUGUACUUUUGAUCUUUCUAAAAGAACAAAAAGAAGAAAGCAAAGAAAUUCAAAUAGUACUUCUUCUUUGGUAUCAAUGACAGGCUCUUUCCAAUCAUCUGUUGGAAUGACGAACCAUACUAACACUGUUAACGUGCCUAUACCAAUUGAUACAAAAAGGUUCAUGGAACCAGGACCAAUUCAACAACAACAACAACAACAACAACAACAACAACAACAACAACAACAACAGCAGCAGCUGGUGCUGCAACAGCAACAACAGCAGUCACAACUAUUAUCAAAUGGUAGACCAAAUCCUCAAUUCGGUAUACCAAUAUCUAAUUCAAGUGUCGAAUUAAACUCAACUAAUUAUAAUUCUACCAACAAUUCUCUACAAAACACUAAUGACCAAAGUGAUUUACCGAAGCUACAUAAUGGGAAUAAUAACAUUUCGUAUAUGUGGCCAGCAAAUAUGAAUGAGAAUGAUUUUCAAAACCAAAUCCAAGCUCAAUUUCAACAUAACAGAGGUCGACAAGGCCAGAAUUCAAACCCCACUCACACUUCUCAUUAUCAUCAUCAUCAAAACCAGCUACAUCACCAAGUAUCAUCUACAAAUGAUCUUCAACAUCCUUUGCGAAACCAUACCAGACAAAACAAUUUACAACCAACGUCAAGUAUGAGCAUGACUAAUCUACAAACUUCAUCACAAUAUUUAAAUCAAUCUACAACAGAUUUAAACCAUCAGUAUGAACAUUUAAGAAAUGCAAAUACUCCUCCACCUAAUUUGUCUUCUAAACAUCCAAACCCAUUGAUCUUUAAUCCAAAUAGCCAAAGUUUGCAUAAUACUUCUAAUCCUAAUUUGACCCCUAUAAUGAAUACAAAUUUAAAUAACUCUACUACAAAUACAAACUCAACUAAUAAUACCCUGCCGAAUAAUAUUCCAAUAAAUCAUAAUCAAAAUAUUGAGUCAUCUGCUAUUCCAAAUAAUAAUCAAAACCCAAUUGUAACAACUAAUCCCACUUCAACAUCAACUAAUAACACACAAACAAAUGAUAAUGUACCUAUUAAACAUCAAGAAAAUAAUACAGCCGUUAAUGGCCAGACUUCCCCAACUUUAAGAACUCAAAUGUUAUCUGCAUCUAAUAAUAGUUUCAAUUCAAUUACUUUGCCGAAUAAUAAUAAUCCUAAUUCAAGUAAUGGAAUAAUAAACACAAGCAGUGCAAUUUUAGGCUCUUCUGCUCCAAUCCAAUCCAACUCUUCGUUAGGUAUUAUAAAUACUGAAAAAUCAAUGUUUGAUAAUCAUAUCAAUCCUGAUUCUGUAGCUAAUGCUACUUCUAAUAUAAAUUCUACCACUACGACUGCUUCAAGUAUUAAUAAUAAAAGAACUGGCUUAAAUUCAACUUCAAGAAGGAAAAAACCUAAAUAUAGAAAAGAAUUGUAUUCUGUAUUGAUUCAUCAGAAAGGUCAAUUACAUGAAAUCGCUGAAAAGUAUGAAACAAUAUCACAAAAUUGGGACAAUUGCAUGAAAUCCAGCAAAUAUAUGGAGCACAUUUUAGAUCCAAUCACUGCAGGAAUUUUGACGCUUGAAGAAGCAGAAGAACGGUUAAAUAUAUAUAAAAAUGAUGUUUCUUAUGAAAGUAAAUUUCCUUUUAUUAAAAUCUCUAAAAAUUCUACUGUUCAUCAAUUUAUUAAUGAAAAACCAAUAUUUUUCUCAGUUAUAAUGUCAAGUGUUUCAAUUCUAAUGACUGAAAAAAAUACAAAUCUUAAAAAAGUGAUGGAAUUGAAUGCUUUUGUAUUGAAUUUAAUUACAAAUCAAAUCUUUAAAUCUCAAAAUAGAUCUAUUGAAUUGUUAGAAGCUCUAUUAACGUGGUGUAUGUGGUAUAAUAUUCCUGCUUGGGCUAAUAAAACUCACUACAAUAUCUUCAGCUAUGUUUGUAGUUGCCUGAACCGUGAUUUAGCUCCGACUCAAAUUAAUGAAAGCUUUAAGAUGUUUAGUAAUGAUGAUAAUUUCAAGAUGAACGAGAAUAAAUUUAAUAAAAAGCAAUAUGAAAGUUCAGAAAAUUCUCCAAGAUUAACACUAAUGACAUAUAUUACUGCUUUAAAUAUUUCAAUAUUUCUAAAGCAACCAGCUCAGACUCGUUGGUCAAAAUUAAUCGAAGAGGCAGCUAAGGCUGUAUUAAAUGAAACAACUUCAAAUUCCCCAAUCUAUAAAGUUGAAGAUGAUGAAGUCUUAAUAGUUUUCUUAAGAUUAAAUCAUAUGCUAGAAAAAAUCCAUAUCCAUUUACACGAAAUAGAUCAAAAAAUCGAAAGAGAAGAUGAUCCAGAAUACACUGAUAAGCAUUUGAAUAAUUUAAUUACAAGAUAUAAAUUCCAAUUGGAUGAAAUUUAUGAACAAAUUCCAAAGGAUAGACAUAAAGUUUUAUCAUAUUAUUAUAGUGUAGAAGCUUAUUUGUAUCAAUAUAUUUUAGGUAGCUUUGUUGAAAAAUUACCAGAUACAUCUCAAAUUUAUCCAAUACCCGAAUUAAUUCAUAAUGCUAUUAUUCGAGGCCAAGAGAGUUGUGUUUCAUGCUUAAACCAAUUUUUGAAAAGUCAGCCAAAAUCAGUUGCUUCGUUACCCCUAUUUCAUACAUCUCGUAUUAUCUAUACAAUUGGUAUGCUAUUAUUAAAAAUAAGAUAUUCUACAGUGGCUAUUGCUUCAUUCCACUAUUUAAAGCCAAUGACUGAAGGUGCCCUUGACAUUGUUACUAGGGUUUCCCAUUUAUUAGAAGAAUCCUCCAAAAUGUAUCCUUUCAACCAUUUUGUCUAUAAAUUUCAAUAUGUCAUCGCAUUAUUUAUUCAAACAUAUGCAAAUUUAUUAACUUCGGUAGCUGAUGUUGACAUUGCUGAAAUGGAUGGUAAUUAUUCAAAGUAUAAUAAGAAAGCAAAAUUAAAAGAAAAAGUAAUUAAAGAUAGGGAAAGAGAAUGUCAGGCUCAAUCUAGAAAUCAAACAGAAUCUAGAAAUCAAACAGAAUCCAUUAAUAUGCAUAAUAUUGAUAAUAUUAUUCGCAAUAGUUCAGAGUUUGCGACAAAUCCUAGCGCUACAAUGAAUAUAAUAAAUUCUUCAGAUAGCAAUAUAAAUCCUAAUACAAACAACAAUACACCGGAAACAAUGAAGAAUUAUGCAAAUAUACCGAAUAAUAAUAAAAUCAGUAAUAGUACAGCUGACAAUUCAAAUAUUAUAUCACCUUUUGAAAGUAACCAAUCAGGCACUGCCGAUGUUAAGUCUGAUAUGAACACAGAACUAGGAGUUUCUCCAGGUGGAUCUAGUGUUAAUUUGAAUGAUUAUUUGACUGAUAUUGAUUCCUUAAUGUGGGGAUUCAAUUCUUUAAACGAUGAAUUUUGGGGUGAUAUUAUUGGCGGCAAUCAAAGGUAA